GAACGUAGAAGUCUGGCCUGCCUGGUUUCUAAUUAUCAUCUAGCCGGCUGUGAUUAAUUAAGUUUAUUAAUACAGUUCCCAAUACAUGGUUUCCAUAGUAGCAUAAUUUAUUGGUGCAAUAUUGAUCCAAUGCAUGUCAAUGUUCACCACAAUGAAUUAUGCUACUCGCGGAUUGUAAACCUUGAGACAAUUUUUCAUCCUCGCUUUCAUCUUUCGCAAUCGGUGCAAAGUGACGGCUGUCCCGUUCGAGGGAAUUCCGUAUACUCAGAGGUGUAAGCUCUCUCCUGUUGUAGGGUUGUAUUGAUUUCUAUGAUGGCGGCAGGCCAGCGCUUGCACCCUCCGCGAUCGGAGGAAUGGCCAGGGAGCGUUGCUCCGUAGUGUUUUAUCAUCCUCGAGGACAACGUGCGCGAAAACGCGACGACGAGAGGCAAAGUAGUGAGACGCGUGAAAGCUAAUUAUUAUCGCUUGACGGAAACGAUAGAUCGCGUCGCAAGCCGGCGGCCACAUUACUUUCGAUUCCGCCCCUGUAGAUUUGCCCAGGAACCACCAGGCGACACUGAGGAUCUGUGUUCAUGAGUGAUGGGUGAUGGUGUCUGUAUUCGCGUAUGGAUCGUUAUGGACAACGAUUCCUGAGCAACGAGCUGCACUGCGAGCUUUACUAAAAUCACCGGCGAGUUGGUGAUCUUACUUCGUCAAUAGACGGGCCCUCCUGAAUGAGAGCUUUCGCGUAUCUCAACGGGAUACUCUCUGGUCGUCGUAAUCGCGGCGGCACCGGCAGAGAGGGUCGUCGCCACAAAAUAGAGGGUCACGCGUGAUCGUCUUUAUAAUCACGUCGGAGAAAUCAGCAGGAAACGAUAUUCUUGGGCGAUGGCGAAUCUCAUUAAUUCGACAACACAAUUUUUCAACGAUGUGUACGACUAUUAUCUCUGGACUUUGUCCCUCGCAGAUGAAAGAUCGAGAGGAUGGUUAUUGGUUGAUUCGCCGAAACCGACAUUAAUAUAUACAAUGUUGUACCUCUUUAUCGUCUGGGUGGGUCCUAAAAUCAUGAAGAAACGGAAAGCUUUCAAAUUAACGUGGGCUUUGGUGCCCUACAAUCUUGCCAUGGCCUCUCUCAAUGCUUAUAUUGCCAUUCAGUUGUUUGUAGCAUCCACAAGGUUACGAUACAGUUACGUGUGCCAACCUAUAAGGCACAUCACGCGUCCCGAUGAACUUCAGAUCGCUGACGCAGUUUGGUGGUACUAUUUUAGCAAACUUCUGGAAUUUUGCGAUACGAUCUUCUUUAUUUUGCGAAAGAAGGACAAUCAAUUGAGCUUCCUUCACGUUUAUCAUCACUCUACCAUGUUUUCGUUAUGGUGGAUCGGUAUUAAAUGGGUACCAAGCGGAUCCACUUUCCUGCCAGCAAUGGUAAACAGCUUCAUUCACGUGCUGAUGUACUCGUACUACGGACUCGCCGCGUUAGGUCCUUCGGUGACUAAGUAUCUCUGGUGGAAGAAGUACUUGACAAUCCUCCAGCUCAUCCAGUUCACGACUGCUUUGGUUCUGGGAAUCAAUGGCAUUCGAUCGGGAUGCGACUUCCCUCUUUGGAUGCAGUACGCCCUCGUAAUUUACAUGCUCUCUUUCAUCGUCCUGUUCGGAAACUUCUAUGCCAAAGCUUAUAUCGCAAAGGGUAAACAAGUGUAUGCGGAGAAACGGCUUGAGAGGCUAAGAGCCAUCGAGAAGGCGUCGACAAGUACACAACUCGAUGGUGCGGUCAGCAAUGGAAAGAUCGCGAAUGGACACACGAACGGACACGUGAAUGGCUACACGAAAGAAACAUUCAAGAAGACCCAAUGAGGCGAUUCUCCUCAGGGAUGUCCCUAUCAGGGAGAUCCAAUUCACGAUACUUGCGAUGCACGACGAAGAAGAAAUAGUCAUUAUAGACAUUAGUCGUCGUCGGGCAGUGCGUCGUGAUCAAGAAGUAGUUUAAUAAAAAUAUAAAUAAAAAUGAAAAAAGGGGUAAGGGGAAAAAAGAAAUGGAUUUUUCGCUUAGAUCUCGCACGUUAUCGGGUUUGUGCUUUCGCGAGGCGAAAAUUAGCACCGUGAUUCCAAAGUUAACGGAUCAGCAUUUGUACAUUCGCGGCACCAUGCUGAUUCUAAACUGUAUAUAUGUAUUAACGAACAUUUACUGAAAAAGCGGUCUAAUACCGAAUGCGUUUUAUAGCAAUUAGCGCGAUGGGCCUGCAAGAAUGAGAGUUCGCACAUAAAUAUAUAUGUAUGAAACUGAAGUGGAAAGAUUUACAUAUAUUAUAUGAGGAGGUAAAUAUCAAAAUAUUGCUUUCAAGUUGUGCUCAAAGCAAAUCUUUCUUUCGAGGGACAGUUAUAUAGAUAAGAUUUCAGUUUGUGAAAAUAAAUAUUUCCCUAAAUGUAGAAUUAUCCAGAAAAAUAAUCGUAACGAAAGGAGAAAAGUGCGUAUGUGUGCAUGUAAAUAAGUAAAUGGACCAUCAGGGAAAAAAAGAGGAGACGAAAAUGCGAAAGAAAUUUGUUUUUAGGACGAAUGAUAAAUUUGUGAUGGAAGAUUAUCAUAAGAGGAUUGAAAGAGAGUUACAUCUCUUAAAAAGAUAUAAGAACGAAAUUUAAUGCAACUCUUCAGUUUGUGAAAUUUUUGAUAACGAAAUGUAUGUGAGUGUAUGCAUAUAAAAACUUCUCGAUCAAACUUCGCAAGUGCUAUUUCGCGAACGAGCAACAAUAUGAAUUAAUAUUUAGAAGUCCCAAUUCGAAAAGCCUAUCACGCAGCUAUAUUCCUGAUUGAUCCGCAUAGAAACGGGGAGAUACGCGAUACGCGGAGGUUUGCUCGCUUUCAUCAAAGUAUAUUGCACAUUUAAAACAAAGAGGAUCUAAUCCUCUUUGAUACAUAAUACAGUCGACUGAUUUCUAUUCGUUUUCAAAUUUAAUAAAAAAAAAAAAAGAUAAUUGAUUUCAAACAAAAAUAAUAUCGAUUGGCUAGAGUCUAGACGAAGAUUUUUAUACCGACCCUUUUUUACAACGAAUAAUCUAGAUACCAAAUGACGCGCUUUCGUCGCAAUGAGAACUAUAACAGCAAUUUAAAAAAUCAUAGUAAUGAAAAAAAAAUGGCAAAGAACAGAAAAAUGUGGCAAAAAGUGACAAAAAAACCACCGUAAUUGUUCGUACGUUAUAAAUCAUGAUUAAUCCGUCUUUAUACAAUGUACAAUUUAUAUUCUCAUAUCAACAAAAUUUACAAAUAACAAUUAGCAAUUGAAUAAAUUACAAGAUAAUCAUUUGCGACGAUGGAUUAUGUUCAUUUGCGCGGGGAUCGUGUGUUUCCUCAUAAUAUAUUUCUCUUAGAUAAUUAGGUUAUUCUAUUAUAUUGUUAAUGUGUUUACUUAAAUACGUGUAUAUCAUUAUUAUAAUAUGUAAUGGAUCAUACAAUUGUUAUAAAAAUCGCGUUGCUGCGCAAUGCGUUAAAACAAA